UGCAAACCAGUCAGUUGUUAGAACUCGUCCCGUACGCUAGCUAACACCCUGUGCGUAGUGGUCGCGGCACCGUGAUGUUCUUACCCAUCGUUUUGAUAACGUUAUCUACGCUUUUGCACAGUGCCACCGCCGGAUGUCGCGUGUACUUGAACGGGAAUCUCACACAACAGCAUGUGCCACUGUUUUUGAAGCAAUCCGGCAACCAGUUACAGCUACUGCAACCUUCCGGACCAUUCUUUGAGUGGAGUCGAUCUGAGAUGGUAGUGGUGGGUUGCUCACCGGGGAAAAAUACACUCUCGAAUACUGGAUCUGAGCUGGCUAAUAUCUCAUGCAUCGAAAACCAGGAAUUUAAUGUAGCUGGAUCUUCCAAACGUACCGCAUUAAGUGACAUCAGUUGCAGUUCCGCCGUUUCAGGAGUGAUCCAAACCUUAAACAAGACCUGCGCAAAUGGAUCGGGUCAACUCCAUGAUGUAGGGUUCAAGGUUAAAGGUGCACCGUUUAUCAAGUAUUUUAAGGUGUGCUAUAAUGUUGCAAAAUCUUCCACUAUUUAUAGUUGUUGCAGCCUGAUUGAACAUCAAAUUCUUGGAAAAGUGAUCAAUCAUGCACAAAUAAACAACAAUCGACCAGCAUUCAAGUUGGGUGGAAUGACAUCAACCGUCCGGUUAGCGUCUGUUUAUACGCAACGUCAUCAGCAGGAACGAUUUGCAACGCUACUUGGUUCUCAAGAACUGGCGACCAAAUACAUUAACUCCUCAUCAUAUUUGGCCAAAGGGCAUCUUACACCGGAUGGUGAUGCAGUUCUUGAUAGUUGGGCGGGAGCUACCUACUUCUUCAUAAAUGCUGCUCCCGAAUGGCAGGUUGUUAAUGCUGGCAACUGGUUGCGUGUGGAGAAUGCAGCUCGUAAAGUGGCCGCACAACUGAACGACACUGUGGACGUGUAUAGUGGGGUGUACGACAUUCUUCAACUACCCGGUAAGAACGGUCGUCCAGUAGCCCUGAGCUUAGGCGACGAUGGUUCAGUCGAAGUACCGAAAUGGCUCUGGAAGGUGAUAGUUCAUCAACCAACUGGCAAGGGUAUUACCCUCAUCUCACUGAACAAUCCGUUCGCCGCCGGACCAGAAACUUUGUGCGAAGACAUUUGCUUGAGACAUGGGUGGCAUCAAAAGGAGUUUCAAGAUUUGCGGAAGGGAUAUACGUACUGUUGCAGGGUGUCAGAGGCACAGAAAGCAAUCAAAAUAAUAUCAAAAUCAAUCAAAUCUAACAACGUACUUGUGCUAGAGUAAUGGUAAUUUUUAAAUUAUUUUUUAAUUAACAUUAAAAACAAAUAAAUAUACUCCUGAAAAUCACA